AAACACUAGUCUGUCACUUUAGAGCAAGGAAGCUAAUGACAUAUUUAAGUUGUAUUUCAGCGGAGCUUUUAAUGCUUCACAUUUUUUCCUGUAGAAAUCAAUCAGCGCUGAGCAGUGUAUCAUGGACUCCUCUCAUGUGAAUUAUUAGAAGUUAAGUUAUGCUGCGGUAGCUAACUUUAACGUCCGCUCCCCGGUUAGCCAGGCUAGCUUUAGCAGUAGUACUGUUGCUUUCAUUGACAUUCAUGGCUUAAUAAAUAGUUAAAGUAAUCUAUUAUUUUCACUGCUUUACAUUUAGCGUUAGUUCACUGCAAGUCUACUGCGGCAGGAUGAUCUCUCAGGUCUUCAUCUUGUCCUCAAAGGGCGACCACCUCAUCUAUAAGGACUUCCGCGGAGAAGCAGGAAGUGACGUCGUCAGUAUUUUCUACGAGAAGAUCGCAGCGCUGACCGGAGACCAGCCUCCGGUCGUCAUGAGUCACAAAGAUCUUCACUUCGUCCACGUCAGGCAGGGAGGACUGUACUGGGUCGCCACGACCACGGCUGACUCCUCCCCCUUCACCGUCAUCGAGUUCCUCAACAGGUUGGCGGCUCUGGUUAAAGAUUACUGUGGCAGCCUGUCGGAGAAGUCGGUGCAGAUGAACUUCGCCCUCAUCUACGAGCUGCUGGAUGAGGUCGUGGACUUUGGUUACAUCCAGACGACGUCCUCUGACGUCCUGAAGAACUUCAUCCAGACCGAAGCUGUCUCGUCCAGGCCGUUCAGCCUGUUUGACCUCAGCAACGUCGGCUUGUUCGGAGCGGAGACACAGCAGAGUAAAGUGGCUCCGAGCUCCGCAGCCACCAGACCCAUCCAGUCCAGCAGAGAGCAGGGAGGGAAGAGCGAGAUAUUUGUGGACGUGAUUGAGAGGAUGUCUGUCGUCAUCGGCUCCAACGGACUUUUGAUGAAGGCAGACGUCGAGGGAGAGAUCAGAGUCAAGUGCUACAUGCCGAGCUGCUCUGAAAUGCGAAUCGGCCUGAAUGAGGAAUUCAGCAUCGGCAAGUCACAGCUCAGAGGUUACGGAGCCGCUGUUCGUGUCGAUGAGUGCAGCUUCCACCAGGCGGUCCGACUGGACGAGUUCGACAGCCGCCGGAUCCUCCGGCUCUGCCCGAGCCAGGGAGAGCAAACAGUGAUGCAGUACCAGCUGAGCGAUGACCUGCCUGCAGCUCCUCCGUUCCGCCUCUUCCCGGCCAUCGAGAGAGACAGCGGAGGAAGGCUGCUGAUGUACCUGAAGCUUCGCUGUGAUCUGCCACCAAAGAGCGCCGCCAUUAACGUCUGUGCCACCGUCCCUGUUCCCAAAGGCUCUGUGAGUUUGUCGCAGGAGCUCAGCAGUCCGGAUCAGAGCGCCGAGCUGAAGCUGCAGAGCAGAGCCGUCGACUGGACGAUCCCUCGCUUCCCCGGAGGAACACAACUCUCUGCGCUGUUCAAGCUGGAGGUGCCCGGCCUCAGCUCGGCCUCCAUGUUGGAGGUCGGUCCGGUCGGUCUGAGCUUCGAGCUGCCCAAGCUCACCGCCACGGGGCUGCAGAUCCGCUUCCUCCGCCUGUCGCCCGUCCAGCCCGGCCCGUCGCAGCGCUGGGUCCGCUACGUCACCCACUCUGACUCCUACACCAUCCGGAUUUAACUUCAGUCAUCUCUGCUCGCGGCCUUAAAAAGGAUCAAAGUGUCUCAUCAGUUUCACGGUGAAGCAGAGAGAAAAGGAUGUUUUACUGGCUGAAGACACUGAACAAAGGAAAUAAAACAAAUAAUGUAAAUGUUCUUUCAAAAUAAGAUAUAUAUAUAUGUGUGUGUGUGUGUGUGUGUGUCAGUGUCAGCAGUUUGAAUCUCUUGUAUUUUGUUUUUUUAUUCGGUUACAGACUGGCUGUAUUUAUUUCUGUUUUUAAAAACCGGACUUGAAUAAAAACCCACGUAGAGUGAAAUAAUAAUAAUAAUAAAAAGUUUAACCUGCAGAGCUCUUUAAAUUACAUUCGCCGGGAUACAACCAGUUUACUGUUGCUGCUUAACAUCGUUAUGUUUAAUUGGAUGAUCAGUCUUGUGAUAUUCUGUCAUUUUCUCCUCGUCAAUAAAUCCCAUGUUCAGACUCAAAACAA